AUGGAAAUGGAGAGCCAAUCUGAGCGAAAAUGCUUAGUAAAGGUUUCAACGGAGGAAACAAGUUCUCAAAAAUCCAUAUCAAAGAGAAAAAGAUCACAAGAUUCCGCAGAUGAUAACAUGGACAACUUCAGGAAUGAUUUUCCAGAAAUGACUGAACUUGUGUGGAUUGACUUUUUGAGAGCUGCCUCGAAAAAUCAACUUCUUGACCAGUUAGAUGGCUGUCGCAAGGAGCAUGAGAUUAUUUCCAUGGAUUCUCGGAAGAAGCUCGUGGAGAUGAUUGAGAAAUUAAAGAAUGAGCAUCCAAAUCUUAAGCCUCAAAACAGUAACAUUUAUGUUGCCGGUCAUGCAGAUUCCGCCAUUACUGAUGACGAGCAGUUGGCUGCAUACUUCGCAAAUCGUUCGCCCAAGGAGGUUGCCAAGGACUACAAGCUAUUGCCAAGAUUUAGAAUAACAAGGUGUGAGGAGAUCCAUUCCAGGGCUGAGCUUCCUCCGGCACAUAGAGCUUCGAUCGAGGGUGCACGACGAUUCCCUGACCAUCUGGGUCUCAUCUCAUAUGAUACAGCAGGUGUUAUACAUAAGAUAAGGAAUCCACAAAGUAGAAGGGACAAUGACAGUUUUUGUGCCACCUUGGAUGAUAUCUGGAUCUACAAUGAGACGAGGAAAAAAUACGAGCCACAUUCAAAUCAACAGAUCUUUCACAAUGCUUUCCAGCUUGAGUAUUAUCGAAUGCAAAGGAGAAAAAUAAUCUAUGUCGAAAUUUCAGAGGAAGACCUGCCGAAUAAAAGUCGCUCAACACAAACUUAA